GUUCCCUCGAACCACAAGGUAGCUAUGAUGGUGAAAGUUGCCCAGUUCGCGUCCAAAGCAGGAGUCCAAAACAAUGGCAACACAACAGUAACAAAACCAUCCGACACACCCCAACAGUUAUAUACAUCUUAUGCAUCCAUAUGCAAAAGUGCAACAGGGGAAGGUCAAGAAAUGGCUCCCACCAAGAAAGGAAAGGCUAAGAAGGCAGGGAAGGCAAAGAAGAAGACUGUGCCAGAUGAGGAAAAAUACAAGAAGUCAGAGCUGGAAGUGGACACUCUUAAACAGUACCUCGUUCUCCGGCGGGAUAUGGCCAGGCAGGCAAUGGCUGAUAGCGAAGGACUGAAGCAGAAGCUGGUAGAUUUGGAGAAGGAACUGGAAGAAGCACGAGGUGACAAAAAGGAUAUUUAUGAAGAGAUGGUCCGCAAGUACCAGCAGCUUCAGCGCCAAGCUGAUACUCGGGCACAAUGGCUAGAAGAUGAGAGGAAGAACUUGCAGGAAAAGCUUGCUGCCUGUCAGGAAGAGAUGCGGCAAAGUCAGCAAGACAAAGCCAGGAUGCUGGAAGAAAAGGACAAGGCCAUUGCGGAGAUGCAGCGCAAGAUCGACGAGAUGGAGACUGACUAUGACAAAAUCCUCCAUGCUAGCCUGGACCAUGUGUUGUCCAAGAUGCAGACCACCAAGCUUAGCUGGGAGAAGGAGGCUACAGGCAUCCACCUGGAGUAUAAGGACCGGCUGAAGGAGUUUGGACUCAGGCCUUUGGAGACCUGA